AACAGAAAUCCCCCAGAGAGAUGUCCCCGUCCUCUGUAUUCCCGGGACUCCACACAGGAAGAUCAGGAGAGCCCUCAGGACAAUCAGGAGAUCCCUCAGGACAAUCAGAAUGACAGUCUGAUUGUGGUUAAAGUUGAAGAUAAAGAAGAUCCAUAUGUGAUGGGUGAUGGUCCUUGUAAUGUGGAGGACGUUCCUCCAGAGAUCAGCACAGACACCAGAGCCACUCAGACAGAGGUCAAAUGUGAAAAGGAGGAUCUACAAGUGAUAAUUAAAAAGGAGGAAGAUGAGGAAAACCCUCCAGAGAUCAGCACAGAUGGAUCCAGUAAGAGAAAUCCCCCAGAGAGAUGUCCCCGUCCUCUGUAUUCCCGGGACUCCACACAGGAACAUCAGGAGAUCCCUCAGGAGGAUCAGAAUGAUGGCCUGAUUGUGGUUAAAGUUGAAGAAGAGGUGUCUAUGAUGGAUGAUGAUCCAUGUAAGGAGGAGGAGAUUCCUCCAGAGAUCAGAACAGACCCCGGAGACACUCAGAGAGAUCUCAAAGCUGAGGAAGUGAGAGAAGUGAAGAUUAAAGAGGAGGACAUUUCUCCAGAGAUUGGUGUAGAUGGACGAUACAGAGGAAACGGCGCAGAGAAUUGUCCCGGUGUCUCUCCAGAUGAUGAUCCCACAUCCGAUUCUUCUUCAGAAAAACACAAUGCCCUACACCCCCAUCCGGCACUUCUUCAUGCCAAUUUGUACCCUAAGCCCUCUACAGAAGGUGGUACCCUUCCUGAUCCUUCCAACGCCAUCACCUAUCGAUCGCUCCGCAGCCGUCCUAAGAAAUUUCUGUGCCCUGAAUGCGGAAAGUGUUUUUCCCAAAGAACAAAGCUUCUCGUCCACGAGCGGAUUCACACCGGGGAAAGGCCCUUUUCUUGCACGGAAUGUGGGAAAUGCUUUGCAGAAAAGGGGAGCCUGGUCCAGCACCAAAAAUUCCAUGCUGGGGAGAGGCCGUACUCGUGCUCCGUGUGCGGCAAAUCCUUUACGUUAAAGGGCGACGCCAUCAAACACGGCAGAAUUCACACGGGGGAGAAGCCCUAUUCCUGCUCCAUCUGCGGGAAAUGCUUCACCCUCAAAGGCGAUCUUGUCAAACACGCCAGAAGUCACACGGGGGAGAAGCCCUAUUCCUGCCCCGUGUGUAGCAAAGCUUUUACCCUGAAAUCUGUCCUGGUGGCCCAUCAGAGAACUCACACCGACGAGAAGCCGUACGCAUGUUCUGUGUGCGGGAAAUGCUUUGCCCAGAAGACCAACCUGUCCACACAUGAGAGGACUCACACUGGCGAAAGGCCGUAUUCCUGUUCAGAGUGCGGACGGGCCUUUACCAGGAGAGGAAAUCUGAUCGCUCAUCAGCAGUCACAUCAGUGAAAGAGGCGACCAAAACGCCAGAUGUUGGUUUCCUGCGCCGGAAGAAGGAGUCAGAAGAUCAUAACAAACAGAACUGUUCCGCCAGUCUGUGCAAAAUCAAUAUUGUGUUGUAGAGCCCAAGCGUCUCUCUUUCAGCCAUUGCUUGUAGUCCAAGAUAUCAGCACUGAGGGCCAGAUUCUGGUAGAAGUGCGGCGGCGUAACGUAUCGUAGAUACGUU